AUGUCCGCAACAUCUUCAUCGCAACCAUUGUCUACUACGGAUGCUGAGCAAGAUAUUGAGUUGCUUGAUAGUGACGACAGUGAUUUGGAAAGUGUCAUGGAUGAUGAACUACAAGAGGAAGAGGAAAAUCGUGAUUUGACAGCCAAGGAGAUCAAUGCUUUGACGUCUGUAUCCGUGAUGCUUUGCCAAUCCCCCUCCAUCAAAUGUGAUAUUUCCUCUAAAUACAUCAAGAAGCAGUUGUACCCCAAUAAGAGAGACUCUAUUCCAGCUAGUGCCCUUGAUUGCUGCUGCAAGAUCAUCAAUGCCAUCAAAUCUCUUGUUCCUAAGGAAGAUUUCCCCCCCUCCAUACAAGUGGUUUGGUUUGUUUCAGUUGCGCAAUAUUCUUGUUACUUUCCACCCUGGCCUUACAAGGAAGAACGCGAGAAGUCUAGUGUAAACAGGUCAAGUGCCUCCAAGUCUGAUGUGGACAAGGUGAAAAAACUCUCCAGUGAUAUCAAAGAAACAAAGAAGCAGUUGUCAUCACUGUCAAGGCAGCUUUCAAAACUGCAACGGCAUCGCAUGGACUGUGGCAAUGAAUUGCGCUCCUGGGAGAAGAAGCACAACAGCAUGAACUUCGAGUUAUAUAAAAAGUUGAAGGAUGCUAGAAGUGAUUACGAUAAAUUGUACAUGAAAGUGUUAAGCUUGAAAUCAUCGAUAAAGCAAAUGUCCAGUGAGAUGUACAUUUUGAACAAAAGGAUCCACGGUCAACAAGUACAUCAAGCUGCUGCUGAUGCCAUGCCAAAGCCAUUGGCUGUUGACAGUAAUACUAUCGUUCAAGGCACUGACCCUGGUGUGGUGACUACCGCCAGUAGUGUAUGGUGCUCUUCUCUCACUCUUUUUGAGUCGACCGAUCGGUUUCAAAUGCUGCAAGAUUAUUCUGACACUGCGGCCUCUCUUGGAAACGGAGAAACAUUUGUCAAGUAUGAAAUGACAGCCAACAUAGUCGAUAAUGCUGUCCUCUCCAAUAGGCGAAAGAAGAGGAAGAAGUCAUCAGUCAAGAAGCUACAGAAAGGAAGGGCAACUGGACGAAUCCGCUUGAAGAAACUUCACCAACAUUUGGUAGCCAGUGAAGUCAGAUCUUCUGCAACCAUGUCCACCUUCAACAAGCCAAAGAUGGUUUCCUUCAUAGGAAACUGGCAUCGCAAUACUCAGUACCUCCGUGGCCACAGCACUCGAAGUAUGAAGCCGUACAUGUCAACGCUGUCCACAAGAAGCACAGUCAGAUUGGUGGACGAAUACAAUUCUACAAAAAUUUGCUGCCCCUGUUUCAAGGAGACACAGAAACAGCUGGUGCGUGAUGAGGAUAAUAGAAUGAAGAAAAACAUCGGUGCCAUCAUAUGCUUUAACCCUGCGUGUCCAAAAAGACUGGCUAAACAAACUAAUAUGAAUCGUGAUGAGCAAGGAGCGAGUAACAUUGCCCUCAUUGGUUUUUCGGCACUGGUCUCGUUUGUCAACAAGGUGUUGCCUCCUUUCAGUCGAGUUCAAAAUCCUGAUAAGUAA